GUAACCCCUCUUUAAUAAACCCCCACAAGCAAUGGUGGCCUUCGUCACUUUCUCUCUCUCUGUAAUUCCAUUUCGGUUACUGAGAAGCGAUUCGAUUUUCAAUUUUCGCUUUGCCGUUAUCUUUUUUCUUUUUACUUGGUUCGAUGGCGGGUGCUGCUGCAGGGGCGAGGAGGUCGACGACGUCGUCCUUGGCGAAGCGGCACGCCUAUGCUUCGGAGAAUCCCGGGAAGGCGGCGGCCGCCGCCGCCGCCUCGAAGAAGCGGCCAGCGCUGGCUAACAUCAGUAACCAGAGGCAUGGAGCCGUUUAUCAGGGUUCGGGCCGGGCCCAUGUUCCGGAGUCGUCGAAAAUUGUGCCGUGUUCCACGAAGAUCGUGAGCAUUAAGAAGGGACCUUCAACAUCAACAAAUUUGGUUACUCUGCCACCAAUUUCCUCUGUAAAGCACAAUGUGGUUCUGGUUGGCCAAGCUUCAUCUUUGCCAAAGAGAGAUAUUGUGCUCUCUAGGACUGUUGUGGCCCCUGUUUCAUGCAGUGUUGAACUUUCUCCUGAUAAAUCAGAUUCACUCUCUGUUUCCAUGGAUGAAUCUAUGUCCACCUGUGAUUCCCUUAAGAGCCCAGACGUUGAAUAUAUGGAUAGCCUUGAUAUAGCUGCAGUUGAUUCCAUCGAGCGGAAGGCGUCCAACAUCCUUUGCAUUUCGAAGCACGAGGAAAUUGCAGAGAACAUGUGCAAGCGUGAUGUUUUAGCAGCAAUAGAAUCAGACAAAAAGAUUGUGGAUAUUGAUGAGAAUUUGGAUGACCCACAGUUAUGUGCGACCAUCGCGUGUGAUAUCUACAAGCACUUAAGAGCUUCUGAGGUAAAGAAAAGACCAGCCAUUAACUUCAUGGAAAGAGUGCAAAAAGACAUUAAUCCCAGCAUGCGAGCGAUUCUUAUUGAUUGGCUUGUUGAGGUAGCAGAGGAAUACAGACUUGUACCUGACACAUUGUAUCUAACUGUUAACUACAUAGACCGUUAUCUUUCUGGAAAUGUCAUGGAUAGGCAAAGAUUGCAAUUGCUUGGUGUGGCUUGCAUGAUGAUUGCGUCAAAAUAUGAAGAGAUUUGUGCACCUCAGGUGGAAGAAUUCUGCUACAUAACUGAUAACACAUAUUUCAAGGAGGAGGUUCUUCAAAUGGAGUCUGAUGUCUUGAAUUACCUAAAAUUCGAAAUGACAGCACCCACAGUCAAAUGUUUCUUGAGGAGGUUUGUUCGCGCUGCUGCACAAGGUCUCAAUGAGGCUCCUUUACUGCAAUUCGAGUGCUUGGCCAAUUACAUUGCCGAGUUAUCUAUUCUGGAGUACAGUAUGCUAUGUUAUGCACCAUCGGUCAUAGCAGCAUCUUCGAUUUUCUUGGCCAAAUUCAUUCUUCUACCUGCUAAAAAGCCCUGGAAUUCUACUUUGCAUCAUUACACGCUCUACCAGCCACACGAUUUACGCGACUGUGUCAUGGCAUUACACGGGCUUUGCUGUAAUAACCACAAUUCUAGUCUGCCUGCCAUAAGAGAGAAGUACAGUCAGCACAAGUACAAGUUUGUGGCAAAGAAGUACUGUCCUCCAUCAAUACCUUCAGAAUACUUCCACAACAUUAGCAGUUAGCCUGAAUCUCGUGUUAUUUUCCAAUGCUCAGUUGGAUGGGUUUUUUUUUUUCUUCUCUGCAUUUCAACUGCUGCUGGCUACCAGAAGUUGGCUGAUCAUUUUUCCAUUGAUCGAGGAUUAGUGCCGAAACCAGGGCAUGAAGAGAAAAUGGGGGCUGUAAUUGGAAUUAGGAUUUUAUGCUUGAUUUGGCCGCCCCCUUAAAAUCUUGUACCCGAGCGUCUUUUAGUUCAGUUGGCUUAGAGGUUAAACCUUAAACAGCAGCAGAUCAUGUACAGCCUUAGUGCUAAUUUUUCCAGAGAUCUAUCCUAGUUUUACUUUCUUCCAAUUUUCAGUCUUGUUCUCCGUUUAAUCAAUGAAUAUGUCUUGGAAAAGGAAAUUUAAAUGAACACAAAAGAAAAAGGAAUUAACAAACAGUGUACAUUCACCUAAAAUUUAUAGUUGAUAUACCAAGCCAAACCUUAUAGCCAAAGGCACAUUAUUGCAUAUUAUAAUAACAAAACUUUUUACAAGCAAGUUUUGGUACAAAGAAGUGAAGAACCCACAUAGCCUCUCACUCAGCACACUGCCUCUUGGAUGAACCCAAUACCUCAUUAGACCUUACCCUAAGCCAAUAACAAUCAUCAAAUGAACACUUGGGCCUUUCCAUGGGACACUCGACAUUAUAGGGCCUCGUAAAUUUAGGGCUCCAAGCAGGGGUUCCAUCCUCGUAAGAGUUGUGGGUCAAUCUCCGAAUACCCGACCUAUCCGACUCGAUCACAAAGAUAUCACCAUACGGUUGGUAAUGGUGUGGGUUCGAAAUCGGCUCUGCAGAAACUCCCGCGUAAUCCGAGGUAAACACUAUGUGCUUCCCAUCCGGGCUAAACCACGGGUGGUUAGCCCGCCCGCCAAAACCACUCUUGAUCACCUUCUCGAGCCCGGUGCCAUUUGGAUGGAUCUUGAAUAUUUCGAAGCUACCCGAGCCCGGAUUCUCCCUAUCCGAGGCGAACGCGAUCCACUCGCCAUCUGGCGACCAAUUGCACAUUGUAUCGGUCCACGGGCCCUCGGUUAACGUGUAGAGCCCGCCCGAUUCACCGUUUAUAGCAUCCAUUAUGUAUAAGUUUUUGUGGCCCGUUCGGCCCGAUCUAAACACGACCCAUUUCCCGUCCGGCGAAGGUGAAGGGAACGCGUUGUUCUCGCCUCCUAGGGUUAGUUGUUUGUAGCUUCGGUCCUCAUUGUCGACGUCGAUCGAUAUUAUGUCGACUUUUGUGCCCUCGCUCGCAAAUGUGGGCCCCACACUCGUGUAGACAACUCCUUUCCUCUUCCAAUCCCAUGCGGUCGAGAAGGCGGGUUGGGUAAGAAUUGUUCGGAGGCCCGACCCGUCAUUGUUCAUCACGUAUAGGCCCGGGGAUUUCACGUAGGCGACCCGUUUUCCGUCCGGGGAGUACGAAGGGAACGACCCGUCGACCCGGAACAAAGACACGUUGGGCAACGGGCUCCGAACAUUCUCGAGUACGAAAUUAUUAUGAUGACCCGUUUCGUCAUUGCUUGCGCCCCUACAUCGGUGGUACCCGACCCGACUUGAGUCGGGCGAGAUAUAGGGGUUGUAGUGGUGUGCAUUUGGUGAAACGGGUCGGGUCACAUGGGUAAACUUUUUGGAGGCUAAAUUGUAGAGUUCUAUGUGGCGAAAUUCGGAUCCGGGUCGUCUCGUGGCUAAUGCUAUGAAGCUCUUGUUGGCUAUAGAAGCUGCUGGGGUGAAGGCGUGCAGACCAGGUGGGGUGAUACGGUGAGUCACCACCGAGUCGACACCGAGUUUACCAUAUUUUGUGUUGAAAGACGCCUUAAUAACACUCCACCACCCGUCCUCGCACCUUCUGUGGAAGUAAAUAGUUGAAUCAUCGGCCCAGCUGGGCCACCCGCCGUGCUCAAUGAUCUUGACCCGUUUCGACCCGUCUUGAGUUAGGAACAAGUAAAUAUCUGUUUCGAGUUCUUGAAUCUCCCCGCCCCAACCCUUUUCCCCAAGCGACGCCACCGCCGUCCAGACCCCAGAAGGCGAUACGGCGGGGCUGAAAUCCACCACCCCUGUCGGGGUCAGACGCCGAGUCGACCCGGUCACUAGGUGAGUCAAGUAGACUGCGUUCCAGCUUGCCCGGGGCACGCCCGGAUCCUCGUGGGUCGAAACGUAGAUCAAAUUAGGACCCACCAAGCUCGGCCUGUCCUUCAUCGAGAUCCGGCCACCGGUUUCCUCGUCGCCAACCAAAGGAACCUGAAACCGAGACGACUCGGUCGGCGACUCAAGUAUGGACCUUGACCCGGUUCGUGAAACCCGGGUCUCGAAGAGCGCAUCGAGGUAAAUUCCCGACGACCCGUUUCGUUCGGAGACGUAGAGGACAUGGGUCGUCGGGUCGGAUCGAUUGGGCAUCAUCGGGAGCAUGGAGAAGGAUUCCGACGAGGUGAAGUAGCCGUUGAAAUUGACGGAUUUGCCGUCGGUCAGGCGGGUUUCUAUCGAUCGGCCGUACGUGGGGAGAGCGUAGAUGUCGAAGGCGUAGCUAGAUCUACCUACGGUUGCAAAAGCUAUGGUGGCACCGCCGUCAGCGGCGGCGGCGGCUUGGGGUGGUGGAAACGAUGAUAGCACAGAAUUGAGGAUGAACAAGAAAGAGAGGGUUUGCUGAAGUGAGGUUUUCAUUUCGACUGAUUGUGGAUUGGUGGUGAGUGAAGUUGAAACAAUGCUGUGAGACACCUAUGGCUAAU